CCUCUGAGCGCAGUCAACCGUAACCCGGAAGUGUUAAUCUACGGACCAGCGGCUGGCUCGCGUCGUGAAUCACCUGGCGUGAAGACUUGCAGCGCCAGGACCCGGCCUUCCGCUGUCUCCUGCUACCUAGUUGGUUGCAGAACCCUCGGGAAGCCGCGAGUGGCGCGCAGGGUCAUUUUUAAGGUCAGAUGUCGGUUUGUCCCACAGCUGACUCCCAGCAGGAAUGGCAGCCCCCUCCAUGAAGGAGAGGCAAGUCUGCUGGGGAGCCCGCGACAACUACUGGCAGUGCCUGGAGGAGAACGCCGAGGACGCCUCGCGCUGCCAACAGCUGAGGAAGUCUUUCGAAUCCAGCUGUCCCCAGCAGUGGAUAAAAUAUUUUGAUAAAAGAAGAGACUAUUUAAAAUUCAAGGAAAAAUUUGAAGCAGGACAGUUCCAGCCUUCAAAAUCUCCUGCAAAUUCCUAGGCUCUUCUUGAACUUUCGAUGGAGGUUGAAAUUAUUUUUUCUGGACAUUCAAAAAUGCUGUGUGGGUUUUGGGAUAGUAUUUGAAUCAUGGUGCACACUGAUGCUUGUUCCCUGUGUAUAAUAGUUAAUAAUUAAAAUGAUUAAGCAACAGAAGAUCCCAUCAUUCAGACUAUGAAAAACAGAAAUAAAGUGGUAUUAAGUA